CUUCACGACGAACACUCUGUCUUUGUCAACUACCGGUGGCAUCCCUUUUUUCCUCCCGUAGGAACGAUUAAUAACAUUACGUUCGUAUCUCGCCGGGAGUAGUUAAAUAAAAACGAUGCCUUAUCGCGGAAAACUUCGGUUGCUCAGCAGAGCUGGCUUCGCCUUUAGAAAUACGUGCGCCGAGAAGAACAACACGCAUUUCGCUGCUAGCAUUUGCGGCAGGAAUUUUUCCGCAAGCGGUGCGCUUGACAUGAGGUUCGUGCAGUUCACCAGCAAGAAUGGGGGCCCCCAGCAUUUGGGGGUGCAGCUGAAACAGGGCGGAGACAUAAUUGCCGUGUCCGCGGUCGACUCGAGAAUCCCGAACACGUUGAAGAAGUUUCUCGAGGGUGGCGAUGAUCUUCUAAAGAAGGCCAAAAGGGAUGACGAUGUUGACCUGUGGGCCCUGCUAAAGAGAAUAGUGGCCGAAGGACGGAGCGUGAUACCGGAAGCCGACGUGAACUUCUUAGCGCCAGUCACGCGGAUGGACAAGCUGGCGUGCAUUGGCCUAAACUACAGCGGCCACUGCGAGGAGCAGGGCGUAUCGCCGCCAGAGACUCCGGUUGUUUUUAGCAAAUUUCCCAGCAACAUCAUCGGGCCACGCGACAACAUCAUGCUCCCACCAAUUUCAGACAAAGUCGACUGGGAGGCUGAGCUUGCGAUAGUGAUUGGCAAAAAGUGUAAAGCACUGAACAAUGACGAAGGGCAGGAUUGUAUUUUCGGUUAUACAGUGGCUCAAGAUAUCACGGCGCGGGAUUGGCAGAAAUCGAAGAGAAACGGCGGGCAAUUUCUAAUCGGUAAAGCGAUGGACACGUUCUGCCCUUUGGGGCCGGCUGUCGUCACAAAGGAGGCCGUGUGCGACAUCAACAAUUUGUCCGUGAAAACGUGGGUGAACGGCAACAUCAAGCAGGACGGGAACACCAGCGAAUUGAUCUUUAAACCCCACGAGAUCGUUGCCUACAUUUCACAAUUUAUGACUCUGUUACCUGGGGACGUGAUUCUAACCGGCACGCCGGCUGGCGUAGGAUUUACUCGCAAACCGCCAGAAUUUUUACAGCGCGGAGAUGUGUUGGAAACGGAAAUAGCGAGUUUGGGACGCCUAAGAAACAAAGUUCUCUGAUGCGAUGCCCAGAGAGAACGUACAGGAGCGAUUUGCUCCGAGACGUUUCAGGAUCGUAACUACCGUCAGAACGUCACGGAUAAAUCACGAUCCGUUCUGAGCAGAUUGAGUUCGCGACAACGAGAGGGGGAACAAUACGAUUCGAGACAAAACAAAAAAGACAUAUACGCGACGACGCGCGAGCGUCGACGUCAGUAAAAUUGAAACAAGAUGUUCGUACAGAAGACGUCGAGCCCGUUUCCGAGAGAAGCUGGGAGCCUACACGCGUUCAUAUAUCUCGGCAGUGCUAUACACCUUCAUAUGCAUCAUGAAUUUUUCGUACUUGUAGAAUUAAAGGGAGACUGUUUCUAAAAUAUAGAUUUAUUCUAUUCGUCCUUUUUUA